UUCACGAAAUAUGUGUCAAACAGAUUCAGCAUGCGUUUCAUUGAUACAUUUCGAUUUAUGGCGUCGAGUGUAUCAUCGCUAGCCAGAAAUCUUGCAACACCAGAUCUCGAGAAUUUCUGAGAGACCGAUAAAGUUUUUACUGAAAGCGAUAUGCCACUCGUGACACGUAAGGGGAUGUACCCUUAUGAGUACACUGAUAGUUGGAAGCGGCUGAAGGAUACAAGUCUACCAAGUAAGAGGAGUUUUUACAGUAUGUUAACGGAGUCCGGGAUUAACGAGAGUGAAUUUGACCAUGCUAAGGAGGUAUGUACGCUGCACACGUAAUUAGAUGUAUAUUUGAAAAUUGUUGUGUGUUACAGGUGUGGAGUCAUUUUAACUGUAAAACUCUGGGAGAAUAUAGCGAUUUGUAUUUAAAAAUUGACGUGCUGCUGUUGGCUGACGUAUUCGAAAAUUUUCGCAAUGUGUGUGUAUGAAAGCUUACAACUUAGAUCCUGCACAUUAUUUUACUACCCCUGGACUUAGUUUUGAUGCGAUACUGAAGUUUACAGGCCAAAAACUACAGUUGUUAGAUGAUUACAACAUGCUGCUGAUGAUCGAGAAUGGUAUCUGGUAUACGUGGUGGUUUGGUACAAGUGAGUAAGAGGUACGUGAAGGCGAAUAACAUGUGACGCGACCACAGGUGAUGUUGCCGGUCAUGGGAGAGAUAUCGAGAAAUUAAUGAAAAAAUUGCACGGUACCGGAUUUGAAUCCGUGACCCACGCGCCGAACUGCCGGACGCGUAACACUGGGCCACCGCGAAUUAUUCAUUAAAUCUCGAUAUUCCCCCUUUAGGUCAGAGUGGCAGUGUGUACGGUUGAGAGAGAGUGAUGAGGCGCUGGGGCCGUGUCACAUGAAGACCCCGGGAUAUGACGAAACGAAGGAGAAAUCGUGGAUAAUUUAUCAAGACUGUAAGUAUAUUUUUAAUAUCUGUAUUAUAUUUCAUUACUUAUAAUCUUUUUAAUUUUUAUAGGUAACAUUUUGUACGGGUGGGCGAUGUCACAGUACAUGCCGUACGGUGGGUUCAACUGGGUUGAACCCAAAUUGAAUCGAUUAUACGAUUUAGAUGAUACAUCGUCCAUAGGACUAGUAUACGAAGUCGAUGUCUCAUACCCCCAGCAUUUGCACGAUCAUCAUAAUGAUCUCCCUUUCCUACCUCGAAAGAGCGUGCCACUAGGCUCGAAGGUACGGAAGUUGAUGGCAACUUUCGAAAAGAAGAAGAAUUAUUUAGUACAUUAUAGGAGCCUGCAGCAAGCGAUUAAGAAUGGGCUGAUAGUUGAAAAAGUACAUAGGGUUAUACAGUUUAACCAGCCAGACUGGUUAGCGAAAUAUAUUAAUUUGAAUACAGAGAUGAGGAAAAGAGCGAAAAACGACUUUGAGAAACACUUCUUCAAACUCAUGAACAAUGCUGUAUUUGGUAUGUUACUUUGGUUCGCUGUACUGGACAUAUCUAAAACCAAAAUGUACGACUACCACUAUAACAUUAUGAAGAAACAUUAUAAAGACAAAAUUAAGCUAAUGUAUACUGAUACAGAUUCGUUGGUAUACCAUAUGCAAACUGAGGACUUUUAUGCAGACUUGGCUGCUAAUGCUAACUUACUGGACAGGAUGGACACUGCUAACCUGCCCAGUGACCAUCCGUGUUAUGUGGCAGGAAGGAAGAAGACCCCGGGGCUCUUUUCUGAUGAGGUAAACGGAAAUGUUAUUACUGAAUUCUGUGCGUUGAGAGCAAAAUCCUACGCUUUCAACAUAUAUCAGGGACCGGAGGACAGAGUUGGAAGUGAAAAGAUCAAGGCUAUUUGA